UUGGACUUCAGAAUUUGCCCGUCCUCUCGGGUACAAUCUGUCAAGUCUCAAGAGAAGCUUUCACCUGCCACCCUGGUGCUGCUGGAGCCAACGGGAGCCACAGCUGAUGUGGAUUCCCUCGUUCCUCCCCGUCCCUGCUGCUGCUGGUGACGGGGCCGAUUGCAUGCCCUGCCGUCCUUUGGGGGACAUGCUGCUGUGGACAGCUCUGCUAUUUCUGGCUCCAGUUGCUGGGACACCUGCAGGUCUCCCGAAGGCUGUGCUGGACCUCGAGCCCCCAUGGGUCAAUGUGCUCCAGGAGGAUCACGUGACCCUGAAGUGCCAGGGAGCCCACACCGCUGCAGAUCACGUCACCCAGUGGUUCCAUAAUGGGAGCUUCAUCCCAACCCUGGUUAACUCCAACUACAGCUUUAAGGCCCGAAAACAGGACAGUGGGGAGUACAGGUGCCAGACCAGCCAGACCAGCCUCAGUGACGCUGUGCAUCUGGACGUGACUUCCGACUGGCUGCUGCUCCAGACUCGACGCCUGGUGUUCCAGAUAGGGGACCCCAUUGUGCUGAGGUGCCAUAGCUGGCAGAACCGGCGCCUGUACAAGAUCACCUUCUUCCAGGACAGAAAAUCCAAGCAGUUCUCCUCUCUGAAUUCCACGUUCUUCGUCCCAGAAGCCAACCUCAGUCACAGCGGUGACUACCACUGCACGGGAAUGAUAGGCCAGAUGCUGCGCUUCUCACAGCCUGUGGCCAUCACCGUCCGAGAGUCCGACCGGAGCGACUCCUCCGUGAUGAUGAUGGUCGUGGCUGCAGUCGCUGGCUCUGCUGCAGUGGUCAUCCUCGUGGCUGCUGUGGCCUGGUUCCGCCUCAGGCAAAAGCAAACUUCAGCUCCCCUAGGAAACCCCAAGCACAGGGAAAUGGGAGAGCCCCUCCCUGAGGAACCAGCCAAUGUCACUGAUACUGAAGAGGCUGCCAAAAUUGAGGCUGAGAAUACCAUCACCUACUCACUUCUCUUGCACCCGGAGGAAGAGGCAGAGGCAGAUUACCAGAACCAAAUUUAGCCUCCAUUAUCUUGCCUGCGGCCCGGGGAAGGAGAAUCAGAGACACCAGGAUGCCUGGCCCAGUUCCCCUGAGGGAGGACAAGAGGAUGCCAUGGUUCCAAAGGAAGAGAAGGACCCUUCCAGGGACAUCUGUGUGAAUCCUGAAGCUUGAAGUCCUAAAAGUCGCAGACAGUGUGGUCCCAGAUCACUGAGUGGUUCCUUUUGAGUCUCAGCACUUCUUGCCGUCAAGACUCUUUCUAUACAGACCAUGUAUUACUUUUAUAAUAAAAUAUAGAAAACAACAUGCCCUUUACCUUUCAAAGGC